AUGUCUUUUGGACUAUGGAGAGAUGUCAGCAUCUCUCCAGCAGCAUCUCCAGACUCCAGCAAUGAGAAUCAGGACUACACCUGUCCUCACUGCGACCGCACCUUCACCUCACACAUCGGCCUGGUCGGUCACUUGCGAAUCCAUCGCACAGAGACCGGCGAACCAGUGCCUGAAGCACCAACCUACACCCACCGCACUCGCCUCCACUGCCCACACUGCCCUCGCACCUUCACGCAUCGCAUGGGUCUAUUCGGCCACAUGCGCAUUCACGAGAGCGGAAUCGACCACAAUUCCGACACACCAACCACGCCCCUUAGGCCUAGCACCACCCUCGCACCGUCCACCUGCGCCACCACCAACGCCUCCUCUGUAGCUGAUUCUGACACCGCCAACUUCACGUGCCCACACUGUCCACGCACACUCACCUCACGCAUCGGCCUGGUCGGUCACUUGCGAAUCCAUCGCACAGAGACCGGAGAACCAGUGCCUGGAGCACCAACCUACACCCACCAAGCUCGUCUCAACUGUCCACACUGUCCUCGCACUUUCAGGCACCGCAUGGGCCUAUUCGGCCACAUGCGCAUCCACGACGACCUGCGGUAG